AUGCCCACAUAUGGAAUUUACAGAGUAGAUUCGGGCUAUGAGCGGGGUUUAGCCGCCAUCUCCGCUACUGGUAUUGAUGUGUAUUUCAUGUUUUUGAUGAUUGGUAAUGUGCCAGCAGCAGGCCUCGACCAGCUAGCUGAUCCUCUCGUUCGAUUACGUGAAGCAACUGAUGCUGUCAAUGUAUUAUCAGCUCAAUAUCAGGAGAGCUUCACUGUCGUUGAUGAAAUUAUGGCUUUACUUCGCUUUUUCUAUGCUUACGUUCAGAAAAAUAGCCUCCGUUGCCCUACAGUUAUUAUUCCUCUCCCUGGCAAUGAAUAUCAAUACAUGCUUUACCCUCUCACCGUUGAAGAGGCAACGACCGUCAUGGCUCAAUUCCAACACCUAGGCUACCAUGUCUGGGAGUUUCAUGAUCCAUACAAAGUACGGCGCGCCAUAGCAACUCUCAUUAGGGCACAUUAUAAGAUAAUGGAGUAUCAUGAGAACGGAACCAGGCCUUCUGAACCGGUCCUACGGGCGCUAAAGUCACUUUUCCAGAUUUAUUGGUACAAGCCACUCCACACGGUGUCAGAAGAGUAUGAGGAUGAUUCGGUGCUGAGUUGGGAGGAGUAUACCAUACUGAGAGACCUGAUAUCAUGA